CACAGACAUCCAGACACGUAAACACCAGCCCUCUUUCAACAAGACUUCAGGAUCCUGUACAUCACCAUUUGGGAUAACUUUUGUGUUGUUGAUAUUGACUUACAUAUGGACAGUGUGGUGUAUUGGUUGCAAACUAAGAAGUUACUGUCCUUUCCCAUAUAAUCCAUGAUGGUAGGAUGACUUAUCUUGACACCCCGGUGCCUGUGCAGAUGGUGGAUGGUCUCAUCUCCAUGGUCAUCCAACUUUCUUUCCUCGCGGCUGAACUCCUGUGAUGGUUGACGCAUUGACAGACCAGGGCAUUCCACCCCUGCCUGAGAAGAAGCAGCUUUGUUUGAGAUAAUAUUGGGUUUGUCUCGAAAGACGGAGGGGGAGAGAGACAAAGAGGGAAGAGAGAGGUCUUAUAUUGGGUUGUGACGAGGUCAGUCUGUGUUUCAGCAUCCUUCACCCUGACACACUGACAAAGGAUUGGGCCCAAGGUGAUGAGGAGCCCCUCUGAGGUCAUUUGGAGGAGAUAUUGAAAUAUAUGACUGAGGUUGUUUCUAGGGCUUGAUUCAGAAGGAGUGAAAUGUCUCUGUUUAGAAGCGCUUCGCCUAUUUGAAAAAAACUGAGAGCAGAAAGGUUCAGGUGUGCAGGAAUGUGUACUGUAGGAGCCAACACUGGUCCAUGGGAGGUGUAUGAGAAAGAAACUCCCAGCAGCAGCUCUUGUGAGUCUGGACACAAUGCCUGUCUUCUGGAAGAACUGAAACUAGAACACCUCCGGUUGCUGAAGGACAAAUUUACCCAUCACACAUUCUCAGACCGGGGGUCCCGGCGAAGUUGGAGAGCUGCUCGUAAACAAGGAGGUAGAGGAAUGAGUCUGGAAGACUUCCAGAAGGCUCUGUGUGAUGUGAUUGGUCCGGAGAGCCAUCGUGGAUGGAUGGAGAGGGUCUUCAAUGAAAUUGACAUAUCGUGUGAUGGCUAUGUGGAGUGGGAGGAGCUGUCUAACUACCUGCUGCAACAGUGCAGAGAAAGAGAACAUUCGUCCAGGCUUAGAGAUGCUCUACUGGACACUGAGCCGCUCAUCAGACACUGCUCAUACAACAAGCAGGAGCCCACUAUCCGUGUAGUGGCUGUUCCUCAUCCUCCUCCCCUCCGCUAUAUCAGCGUCAGUAAGGUGGGGCUGCUCACAGUGUGGGACAGUCAACUACACAUCCACAAGACUCUUGAGCUUUCUGGAGAUCCGGCAGAAGAAGGUGUUAACAGAAGGAAGUUCAAGGGCUGGGCCACCGAUGCUGUCUACCUGCCCAACAUCCACAAGGUUGUCGUAGCAACCAGCAGCAGGGACCUCCACUUUGUUGAUGUGUCAACGGCCUGUUGCUUUGAGGACGUCCACUUGUAUGGGUUCACCAAUGUUCCAACCACUCUAAGCUCCUGGCAUGACCCUGAGUCUCCAGGGCAGUGCUCUCUCCUGCUGUGUGGUGAUGAGAGGGGGGGGGUCCAUUUGCUGCGAUUUCUGAAACCACAUACAGUGUUGUUUGAGUGCCCUUUCAGUGAUGACAAUGGCCCACAGAGGAUCUACAUGAAGGAUAUUGGUGACCACAGCCGCCUAGUCUCCUACCAACACAUCCCCGCGGUUCACCAGGAACCAAUCAACAGGAUCUUGUAUGAAGCCCACACUGACUUCAUCAUGACGUCAUCAGGAAGUGAUGCCUCCUCAGUGGUCAUAAUGAGCACGUCACCUCGGAGAACACCCAUUGUUUGGAAGAUCAAUAAGGGUGUGACGUGUUUUGACUUCAGCAGGUCUCUCAACCUGUUGGUGACUGGUGGUCUGGACCCUGCGGUUAAACUGUGGAACCGCUUCAUAACAGCUUGGCCAGUCGCUGUCCUGUCUGGUCACAGCACCACCGUACUGGAUGUGGUCAUCUACCAACCACUGAGACAGGUCUUCAGCUACUCUAAAGAUGCUGAGCUGAGAGUGUGGGACAUCUCCUCCCAUAGCUGUCUGAGGACAGUCCAUCUGCAGUUCGCCUGUUUGCACCCAGGGCGAACCCCAGUGCAUGGCAACUUCCCCUUCCUGUUGGUUGCCCCACCCUUCCCGUCCCAGACUCCGCCGCAUAUCCUGGUGUCCUGUAGAGACUACCUGGCCAGGCUAGAGCUGGAGGUGGGGGGAGGAGAAGGAAGGAGGAUACAGUGGCCUGCCGGCCCCGUCUCAUGUGUCCUCUACAACCCCACUCUGAAACAGGUCACGGGUGGUUUUGACGACUCCUCUGUAUCAGUGUGGGACGUGGAGACUGGAACUCUGUGUCUGAAGAUCAGCAGUGCUCACGGGGAGGAGCCAAUCACCUGCAUGACACUGAUAGGCUCCUCCCACAGACGACUGGUCACUGGCGCACGCAACGGAACCAUCAAGGUGUGGAACUUACUAAAUGGCCACAACCUACACAAGCUUGAGCCUGUCAGCAAUUCAGAGAUCACAGGGAUUACCUGUCUCCAUGACAACAAGCUCCUGGUUGUCGGGUGGAGCCGGAAGGUUGCUCAGUACGACAUCACGGGGGAUAAGGAUGUGUUUGUGAGGGCGGACAUGUCUUGGAAGUCAGGUCAGCAACACAGAGCUGACAUCCUGGCAAUUGACCACUGCCCUGCCCUGGGUAUCGUUGCUACGGGCAGCCACGAUGGAGAGGUCAUCGUCUGGACCCUGGACACGCAGAGACCCCUAGUCCAUUUGCAGAGGGACACAUGCUCACUGGCAGUGGCCCCUGUGGAUGUUUUGUAUUUCCUGCAGCGGAGGGUUGGAGUCCGACACACACCUCUUCUUCUCUCCUCAGAGGCAGGAGGGAUCUAUUGGUGGAGCAUCACCGGGGACACACACCCUCAGGGCCAGUUCUAUGCUCCUUGUAGAGAGGAACAGUGUGUGUUGGGACUGAGUUCAGACCUGGAGAACAGCAUUCUGGUCACAGCAGACACUGCAGGCAGUAUUCAGGUCUGGGAUAUCUCUCAAUACUUACUCAGCAUUCCACACGAGCCCCACUCCAGCCGCCCUCCUCUCCUGCACUCCUGGGGGGCCCACGAGGGGGCAGUAGUGAGCGUGGAGGUACAGGUGUACACAGAGAUGCUUUUCUUCGUCUCUGGCUCUGUGGAUGGGACCAUCAAGCUGUGGACAGGAGAGGGAGGGCUUGUGGGCACCUUUGGACAAGAACCACAUUGGAAACUCGGUGACCCAUCGUCGUACCACAUCUACAGCGACCAACAGAACGACAUGAUGGCGGAGGAAAAGGAAGGAAGGGAGGAAAGGAGUGAGAGUGAAAGAGUUCGAACAUCUGACCUUGUCAGCCGGGGUUCACCAGAGGAAUGUCAUUUUGAAGGUCCUGUAGAGGCAGAGGAAGCCCCAUCACCGGAGAACCAGACAGAACCUGUCGGCCCACAGGAGAGUCUUGCUCCGGGGCAGACUCAGCACUCUAAACUGUAUGGGAGUGUCCAGAGGAAGAUGGCAUUGAGAAGAGGGAGAAGGCAGGCGUUUGGAGACAUUGAUGUCAAUAGGAUUUUCCCCAUCGGGCGUGUGUGCAUGCCUUUUCAGGCCCUGGCCGUGCAGGACUGCCAGGACGUGUUCCUUCCUAAGGAUUUACCCAUGAGCCCCCAGAUGCAGCGUCAGACUCUGAGUUGUGUGAGUGAAGCUGGGCUUAGCUCCUUACAGCUGUCAAUCAACAGCUUAUAGCAGGAACAGGAAGUCACAAGACCAGCCUCCUCUUCUGCCUUCUCCUGUCCCUUCAACUUAUUCCCUCUUAUUCCUUCUCACAUAUUUCCCAUUUUCUCUUUCACAUCUUCCUCCUGUGAUUGAAGAAUACAGCAGAAUACAUGUACAAUGACAAAAAUAAAGGUAAAAUUACAAAUCAAGAAAAGUGAUUCCAUUGCUGAAACAUUUUAAGGUCUCUGAAGAACCAUAAAUGGGUCGGUUGAUUGAAAUACAUGAACAAAUUCUAAACCUGUAAUGUUUCGGCCAUCAGUGACCAGAAUUUAUUAGCUCUAAUAUAGGAUUUUAAGCCCCAUUAGCUAAAUUCUAAGAUAAUUUGUAGUGCCACAAACUGCAAACCGCAAGACAGGUAAGAGGAUAUCAAAAAACAAAAUAAACAUAUUAAAUAACUCAGGAACAAAAGAAAAACCAACACUAUAAAUCAAAGCGAAAGGUGUCCGCGUGGAGAGAAGUCUCCCUGAAGAAUGAGGAGUCAGGGCCAUUUCCUCAGGUCCUGGUGUGCCCACGCUGAUGUCCCUCCCAGCUCUGCCCUCUGAAACUCUACAAAGGAAAACAGGAGAAAAAGGAACACAGCAGUAGGGAUGCCACAGUUGUCAUUGAGAUUCAUUCAUUUACAAUUGGACAUCACAAUACAUAAUAAAGAGGCCCGAAACUCAUAAUUCCCAGGAUACAACAUGCCUGCAAAU